CAGCUGUGUUGGCAACACACUUUCUAACUCUUGAAAUGACCACCUUUUGCACCCAUUAUGGCGCACAUGGGCCCGAGAGCGCGCGCUCAUUCUCCCCCAGGACUGCAAAUUCCACCUUAAAAACCACUCGCGAGUGAAACUUUUCGCUGUAACUCCGUCGGUCCACCUUAAGCGCACACGCAAACGCAGGAGGCGUACAGCGAGGUUUCCGCUUCUCAGUUGGGCUCGGACCGCGGCUCACGAAAAACACCGUGUGUAACGUACAAGGUUGACGCACUAAGGUGAGAAAAAGGGAGAAAAAAGCUAAAAGAAAGCGAACCAACCGAGCAAAAAAAAAAAAGAUGUCUGAAUCCAAGUACCGCGAGUGGAUCUUGGACACUAUCGACUCGCUGCGGUCGCGAAAAGCCCGGCCGGACUUGGAGAGGAUUUGCCGAAUGGUCCGGAGGCGACACGGGUCCGAGCCUGACCGAACCUGCGCAGAACUGGAGAAACUGAUUCAGGAACAAACCGUGCUGAAAGUUAACUACAAGGGCUCUAUUUCGUACCGAAACGCCGCCAAGGUUCAGCGGAGAAGCAGAAAAAAAGACGAUGUAACGUUAACGACGGCUGCGAGAAGGAGCGCGGUGGAAGAAGCCAGUCAUUCUGACUUGAGCAACGGGGACAGCGCUUUCGGUCCUGUUGACCAGGACGAGGAGGAUUUGGAGGCUGACACCUCUAUGGCAAUGGAUACAGACAGUAAUGCAGAUGAGGAGGGGGCUGAUGAGAGCAGGGAUGGGCAAGACAGACCCUCUCUUGGCCGCACAUAUGAAGAUGCCACCGUGCACUGUGCCUCUGUGCGAGCCGUCUCUGCCCCCUGCUCUCCCUCUGGCACUCGACCUGGCCCCGGCUGCAGUCCUGGCUCGGGUCUGGACUGUGUCUCUUUCCAGAAGGCUGGUGAGAGGCCCAGCUCCUUGCCCCCCUCCAGCCCCAGGGCUCUCGCACACAAUGACUGGGCCUAUCAUUCUGCUGUCUGCCCAGCAGAGCGCCAGCACCCAGGAAUGCAGAAAGACAAAGCAGCCACAAAGUCAGCAAUCCACUCUGUAACUACCAGCCCCGGUGCUUUAAAGAACAACAUGAAGAAAGAAGAUGGAGGCAAGGCGGAGGAUAAUGGCCUUUCGUCUGACCAGUUGGUACCAGACUAUGCAGCAGGGCAGGAUGAGACCAAGAAUGUAUCUGAUGGAAGACCACAGACACUGUCUUUGCCAUCUGAAAACUGUACAUUGAAGAAUAAGAUAGAUAUAUCCUCCUUCACUGUGACUGAAGACAGUCUUCUAAAUGGUGAUAAAGGUGGUGAAAUCUCUGUGAAGAAGGAGAGGAUGAGCCAGAACUUGUUGCAGUGGACUGUGGCAGAUGUGGCCAGCUACUUCUCAGCUGCAGGCUUUCCAGAGCAGGCUGCAGCGUUUCGAACACAGGAAAUUGAUGGGAAGUCCCUUCUCCUAAUGCAGCGCAGUGACGUCUUGACUGGUUUGUCUAUUCGACUCGGCCCUGCCCUCAAAAUCUAUGAGCGCCAUGUAAAGGUGCUGCAGAGGACCCACUUCCUGGAAUACGAAGACCUCUGAAGUGGCGAUUUACAUGACAGACAGACAAUGCUGCAUUGACCCAAACGUGCAUGCAGUGCCCUCUCCCUUCUGGAUCCUGCCACCCACCUUCAUAUACAGAAUAUGUAGAGGGUGAGUGGGGGGAGAGGCUGCGGUGGAAUUAACUUUCACUGUGAGAAUGACCAGAAACUGAAAGACAGUCAUGCUACCUCUCAUUAUGGUCUUUGGUUUUCAUUUCACCCAUGUGGCCAUUUGAUUGCAUUGUCAAGGGAAUGGACAGCUGCAUUCAGAGUAUGUUUUAAAGUGGAGGAGCAACGAUCUUUUUGCAAAAGUAAAAGAUGAGUAAUGCAGCCACUGAAGGGGACUGAGCCUUGCACCAUGGACCACCUAUGGGCUAAUAUACCCACAGAGACGUGACUGCAUAGUGCUGUGAGCAAAGUGUUGUCACAGUUUUGGGUCCACAAGGAAAUGUUGGCUCACUGUGGCUCUAAAAUGUCUCCCUGCAUCCUCGCUGAAUCUAUUAUGGUACCUUCUGUUAGUCCAGAAACCAUUUGUAAGUGGAUAAACAUAAAGCACAUCUGUUGUGUGUUUUCCUUUUCACAUAUGAUGAGUUGAAUUAAAUGUCAUCAAAGUGCUGGGGAAGUCUGACUAUCUAAAUAUCUGCAUCAAAAGUUACCAGAGUCUGAUUCCUGACUUAUCAUGCCACCAAUACCUGCUGAUGUUGGAUUAUGUCUUCAAUGUCUCUGUAACUCUGAGGUAUAGCCAAUAAUGAUAUCCUACUACCUGCUAGCAAGGCAAAAUGUUGAGUUUCUUUCUUUUUCUUUCUUAUUUAGAUCUGACUGUGGUCCAACUUAAUACAGUUGCAUUUUGAGGCACAAUUGCAGAUAGAUGUGACCAGGAAAUGUGCAGCCUAAUGGAAUUUGCUUUUAUACAUAAGCAAAAUAAACUUGGGUAAAUGUUAUUGUAAUACUGAUAUAUUGUUUUAAAUUUAUUACAGCUGCUCACUGCUUGUUUACAGAGUAGAUACCUUGAUCAAAUGCAAUAUUUUGUGUUAUCAUCAGUCUAUAAUUUGUCCGGUGUCUCUUUGUGUUUUGAUCUAAGUCAGCCUCUUGAAUUGUGACAUUCCAUAUAAUGUAGUCUACGUCUCCAAUGUAUCUCCUCCCCCUUUUAUCUGUAACAUUGACACUUAUUCCAGAGUCACAAAUAAAGCUUGUGUCUCUGUUCA